AGUCUCUCUCGCUAUCCCUCUAUGAACGAUUUGUAAAAAUUGUGCAAACAAAAAAGCCAAAUGUCAAUAUUGAUUGUACGGAAGAGUAAAAAAAAGUCUUACAUCUUGUGAAUAGAGACUUGAAACGCCCAGCUGACUUUCAAAUUGAAACACUGAAAAGCGAUAUCAAAGACACUGAAAAAAACGAAAAUAUCUUGUUAUAAGUUAUUUGAAAUUCAAUUAAGCCACUUUACGUUUUGUCAUACAGCUAAAACAAAGGAAGAUUUGUAAGCGAUAGGCAAGUGAAUUUCAAUAGCAAGUGCAAUGUCUGGUGAUCACAAAACAAUCAUCAAUGGAAAUCCAUCACAAUAUGUUAAAUUAAAUGUUGGUGGUCAUUUAUUUCAUACCACAAUCGCGACGCUGACUGCAAAGCCCGACACAAUGCUUCAAGCAAUGUUUAGUGGCCGAAUGGAAGUGCUCACCGAUUCUGAGGGAUGGAUAAUGAUUGAUAGAUGUGGAACACAUUUCGGUACAAUCAUGAAUUAUUUGCGAGAUGGUAGCGUGCCACUGCCUGAGACGCCGAAAGGUGUUGCAGAAUUGCUGGCCGAGGCGAAAUACUAUUGUAUCAUAGAGUUGGCCGACUCCUGCGAACGUGCAUUGAUGAAAAAAGAACCAGAGCCAAUCUGUCGCAUUCCAUUGAUAACGUCGCAAAAAGAGGAGCAAUGCUUAAUUGGCACAUCGACCAAGCCUGUUGUCAAAUUGCUGAUUAAUCGACAUAAUAAUAAAUACUCAUACACUCACACCUCUGAUGACAAUCUGUUGAAAAACAUCGAACUUUUUGAUAAACUAUCGCUGCGUUUUAGUGGCCGAAUUCUUUUUAUUAAGGAUGUGAUUGGUUCGAAUGAAAUAUGCUGUUGGUCAUUUUAUGGCAACGGACGCAAAGUGGCCGAAGUGUGUUGCACAUCAAUCGUUUAUGCCACCGAUAAAAAGCACACAAAAGUGGAAUUUCCCGAGGCACGAAUCUAUGAGGAGACGCUGCAAGUGUUAUUGUACGAAGAUCGAAAUGCACCCGAUCAAGAUUUACUUCAGGCAACAUCAAGCUAUAAACAAGUUGGUGGUGGUGGUGGCGCUGUCGGCGGCAUUUCAACUUAUACCAGCGAUGAAGAAGAAGAACGAUCGGGUUUGGCGCGGCUACGGCUAAAUAAACAAAAUACGGGCACAUGAUUCACACGGCAACUAAGCAAUAGCUUUCGAAAAGGAUUUUUACCAAAGAAAAAAUCACACUAAAUUAUUCCACAAUGAGAACAUUGAAUUUAAGAAAAACCAAAAAAGGUCUAAAUCGCACUCGAGACACAAAUACACUCAGACUCAUUUGAUGAAUAUUCGUUGGAGUACGCGUGCAAGCGACGAAAAUCAAUGGAUUCAAUUAUAUUACAUAUAUUGUUUUGUAUGGAUAGAAAAAAGACAUUGCGGUCUUAUUAUGUGAUUUAUUUUCCUUUUUCUUUUUGUAAUUCCCUGUUCUGUGUGAACGCAUUUAAUAUUUCUUCCAAUGUCUGGUUGGUCAGUUUCCUAUAAUUUCUUCGUCUAUUUUUUCUUCAGUCCGUAGUACUAAACUGAUUACAUCGGCAUAUGAAUGCAUCAAUAAUUUUUCUUCUGAAUAAGUUUAAAAAAAAACCUAAUUUACGCCAGUAUAAAUCGAAGUUAAAACUCACAAACGCAUUCAUCUCAGGUCGAACAAAAUUUUAUUACUCAGCAAAAUUAAACUUUCGGCGAAAAUACGAGAGAAAUGUGACAUUUUGUGACACUGCCAAAAACCGUGUGUUGUUAAUUGAUAACAUAUUUUUUUUUGCUAAAAAAUAUUUUUUUUAACGGAAAUAAAUAUUUACCAUCAUCGAUUGUACCCAACGAUAUGAUGUUUCAAACAAACGAAAUUACAAGAGACACAAUCGCAUGGAUAAUUUUUAUCAAAUAUGAAAAUAUUGACAAGGUCUAAAAUUAGUAUAAAAUAUAUGUAUUUCCAUUGUAUUUAAUGAUAUAUUUGGUAAGAAGUUUCUUUCCAAUAGAUUGUGUAACACGUAAAGGGAAAAUGCAGCAAAAUUGUUGCGACAGGCAUAUACAUGGCAAAUGAUGAUUUGACUGACAAUUGUUUGUUUAUUGAAUAAACACGAAUAAAAUGUUGAAAUGAA